UGCGAGUAGUCUGGUCUGUGGAAGUGAUCGUGAAAAGCUUCCGAACGUUUGUGUAUCCCGGUUGUCGAGUGAUUUUCAGUAGUUCGAAAGCGUUCUGACGCCGAAUUGUCGUGAUUACUGAGAAGAACCGAAAAACGGACGACGUGACAGAGUUGCAAGAGGGGGGACGCUGUGAUUUUCUCAGUACAACCGACGCUACUUCAUUAUCUGCUUGCAGAUGAUGACGUCCGCGGCAGAGUACUGAGUCGAGGCUGGAGGAGCCCCGAAGCUUGCGGUGAGGUCCUUGAAGCCCAGAUCUGCACCCGAGUUACUAAGGAUUAUCCAGGUCAUCCGAGGAUCAUGAAAAUGGUCUUGUCUCAACGUCAGCGGGAGGAGUUAAACAAGGCGAUUGCAGACUAUCUGAGUAGCAACGGAUAUCAAGAUGCCCUGGAAGCGUUCAAGAAGGAAGCUGACAUGCCUGGUGAGGUGGAGCGGAAAUACGGUGGGUUGCUCGAGAAGAAGUGGACUUCAGUCAUAAGACUACAAAAAAAGGUCAUGGAACUCGAGUCGAAACUAUCAGAGGCAGAAAAAGAAUUUAUUGAGGGAGCGCCUACUAGGGGUAAGAGAUCACCGACCGAAUGGAUUCCGAGGCCACCUGAAAAGUUCUGUCUCUCUGGGCAUAGGGCGCCUGUAAACAGAGUAAUUUUCCACCCAGUAUUCAGCCUUAUGGUUUCUGCCAGUGAAGACGCCACGCUAAAGGUCUGGGAUUUCGAAAGCGGAGAAUUUGAGCGAACACUCAAAGGCCACACGGACAGUGUUCAAGAUAUUGCAUUCGAUACUACUGGAAAGCUCUUGGUAUCCUGCAGCGCUGACAUGUCAAUCAAGCUGUGGGACUUUCAACAGUCAUUUGCCUGCAUCAAGACGAUGCACGGGCAUGACCACAACGUUAGUUCGGUAGCAUUCAUGCCGCAAGGAGACUUUAUUGUCAGCGCGUCACGGGACAAGACCAUAAAAAUGUGGGAGGUUGCUACUGGUUAUUGUGUAAAAACGCUUGCGGGGCACAGGGAAUGGGUCCGUAUGGCACGGGUGAGUCCUUGCGGCGAACUGAUUGCAAGCUGCUCAAACGACCAGACUGUCAGGGUAUGGCACGUUGCAACUAAAGAAACCAAGGUCGAACUGAGGGACCACGAUCAUGUUGUGGAAUGUAUCGCGUGGGCCCCGGAAACAUCGCGUGGAGCGAUCAACGCUGCAGCUGGAGCAGACAAUAAAGGGGCACACGAGGGACCCUUCCUGGCAUCUGGAUCCCGAGACAAGACAAUACGCGUGUGGGACGUUGGGGCUGGGGUAUGUCUAUUCACUCUCCAAGGGCAUGAUAACUGGGUACGUGGAAUAGUGUUCCACCCAGGUGGUAAAUAUAUAGUCAGUGCAUCAGACGAUAAGACGCUGCGGGUAUGGGACACCCGCAACAAACGGUCAAUGAAGACGCUUGAGGCACACAUGCACUUCUGCACGUCUGUUGAUUUUCACAAGAGCCAUCCAUACGUGGUAAGCGGUAGCGUGGAUCAGACGGUAAAGGUUUGGGAAUGCCGCUAGUCACCCAGUUUCUGAAAUUACUGAAACUUAACAAAAGUCCAGUUCCAUAUGGGGAUGGCACAGAAGUAAGCUGCUGAAAAGCUAUCGUACAUACUAUUAUAAAAACACAUAAGCAUAUACGAUUAAGAGAUCCUUAAUUAAUUUAUAAUAAAGUAUAAUAAAUUAGUAAUUGUAAUAAUAUUGUUUAACAGUAAUAAAGUAUUCAAAUUAAAGGGCUACAAACGGCUUUAAGAGGCUUCUGAAGAGGUAUCGUAUGCCAUAAGAAAAUAGAGAAAUUUAUCGUGUACAAUGAUAUUGUUGUAAGAAAAAAAUGUUUCAAGAGACAAGCAGACUCGAUUGGUUCGCUAAAUUGUAAGUUCCAGAUUAGUGGCGCAAUAAAUAGGUCUAUUGGUCAAGUAACGAAAUGUAAAGCCCUUUGACUGCUUUCGAUAUUUUUGCGAUCAAGCUUUGAAUAAAUUUAUCACGCCGUGAUACAAUAUAUUAUUGGAUAUACAGACCACGAUUAUCUUAAUGCACUCCUGAGAAAAAUUUCAUUCAUUUCAGUCCGUUUUGCGGGAAGAGUUUCCGCCUGACAGUUAUUUGAAACGUGAAGUAAGGUUUCAGAGUCUCUUGUUGAGGCCUCUUGAGCUUGAUGAUAAAAUUAUGAAAUGAUAAUUAUUAGAGCCAGUUUUGACUUCAGUUAAUACCAGAUUGAAUCAAAUUCUUUACAACAUAUCGCUUGUUCGACGUGAUUUUCUAUCUUCAUAUUUUUGUCGCGGAUGCAAAACAUGUUAUCGAUUGAUAGAAUAAAUUGCAUGCAAGAUACAGUAGCCUCGUUGAAUAAGUAAAUAUUAUCUAGAGCUUGAUCGUUGAUCGAUCAUCAUUAACGGACGUUAAUGACUAUACCAUAUAUACACUUCUAAAUUCCUUCACCCUGUAAUUAGCUUGACAGUUUCUUCUGGAACAUCGAUUAUUGUCCAAACGCAAGUCUUCAUCCAAAACCUAAGCUCGAGAAGUUCUGAAGUUGACCUGGCUCUACUAUUUACGUAACGCUAUUACUUUAUUUAUAUACAUACACGUAUAAUAUACUAUUGCUAUGCUAUACUAUUCUACUACACAUUGAAUAUUAACCAUUAAUCUACCUUAUACCCUAUUGUGACUACUGUACUCAAAUUAUCUAUUUCAUCACACUAAAAAAUUGAACAAAAUUUUAACAACCCAGUAUACAUAUACUUUGAUUACAAUUAAUUGCCCAGCAAUGAGAAAUCGUUAUGAUUAUAUUAAUUUGAAUUAGAAAAUUGCGGUAAUAUAAUAAUAUUCUUUACCAAUAACGUUUUGAUCUAUGGUCAAGCGUAACGUUGGACUGGCUGCUAUUACUCAAAUGAUUUUUGACGUUAAAUUCUUCGCGUUCUUACCAAGAUUUAAUUUCUCAAUUUCGGUGGAAAGUUUGUUGGAAUUUGUAACGUCAACUUUUUUUCAAUGCUGGACAAACUUCUUGACGUGCAUUAUUAACGUAAUAUUACUAUAUACAGUAAAUUAAUAGCAAAUUACCAAUAAAAUUUGUGAAAUUGAAAAAUAUUGAUUACACUUGUGUAUGGAGAUCAUAAUUUCUGUAGCUUAACAAUGAAUGGGGUGUGAAACGAAGUAUACUAGGAUACUAAGUAGGAUAGUUAUAAUAUGAGUAGGAACACUUGGAAUACGUGUAGAAAUUAGAGCACACACAUACGACUUGCAACCAAAUAGACGUGAUGAAUAAUAAUUAAUUUUAAAAUA